GCUGAGAAGUAAAUCAAAAGAAACCGGCGGCAUCGAACAGCAAAUUCCGGAAACGCAGGCUUGAAGUCGAACUCCACCGUCGUCCUCCUGUCCGUCGUUCGCGGCGGCAUAAGCUUUCUCCAUGGCGAAGGUACUCCGUCGGUGAAAUGUAAUUCCGAGCACUUCCAUCUCCGACGAUUCUCGAAGGCCUGCAUUCGUCGUCAACGCAGCCAAUGCUCCAGUUCUAAUUCUUAACCUAGAUUCAGAGGUCUGCGUGCUUCUGAAAUUGGAAUUUACGCGAGUUCAGGCUGAGGAUUUGAGAUCUAAGUUGUAGAGGAUGACGAGCGAGGAUUGUCGAGUUUAUCACGAGAGGCAAAAACUACAGUUCUGCCUCUUGCACGCGCUCAACAACCUUUUUCAGGAAAAUGAUGCAUUUACUCGAGCCAACUUAAAUGCAACAGCUGAAAAACUGGUGCUCGAGGAGCCAAACAAAGAACCUUGGACACCAUUAUCAUUUGUCUUUAAGCCUCAUCACAACACAGUAACUGGAAAUUAUGACAUAACCAUCGAAAUAGAGCUUCUUCAAUCGAUUUGGAUGGGCCUGAGGCUACUCAUGAAGUUAUGGUUUGAUGGCAUUUGGAAUAGUAGGCACUGGGAUACACCGGGAAAGAUAAACGAAUUGUGGUAUAAUUUGGACAGUGAUCUGCUUGCUCCUCAUCCGUUUAAGGAUAUUGAUGAAGUAAGACAAUUUUUGGAUCAUGUGAUUGGUGACAAUGGGGAAAUUUUGUUUGUUAUAAAUGACAGGAACUGAAUCUCUUCCAGUAGGAUAUUCAUGUUUGUGCUCGAAUCAAAUGUAAAAUAAGAGUUAUAGUAGCUGGAUUAUGUUACCUGUUUAUCGGCACCUUGCUUAGCAUAUCAAGAUCUACUUGGCUUGAGCUAAUGUUUCUUAUUAUUUCAUGUUCUGAUAAAGAAGGAAGGGAAAUGAUUUGAAGUUAAAAGCAACGAAAGACGGUUCACGUUUAGAAUCAAACCAGACAUUUUGUACCUAAAAGCCAAAUGAUGACACUAUUAUCUGAAGUUGGUUCCUUGAAGGAAUUCUGAAUUUGCUUAGCUGCUGGCAAAACUGCCAUCAGAUGAAACUCGCCCUGGUUUUCUACGGAGCAGAACGGUUUGUUAUGUCGAAAAACGACUCAAUACUACAGGCGACAGAAUACCACACUAAUAAACUCUGCUGGUUAAGGGCUCUACCGGCAUCAGAGCUUCUCUUUCUAGUCUCAGGCCUUCUUCUAAUUCUAUGGCGACAACAAUGGAGCAAUCAAGCAACAGAACUGAGCAAACCAGAGGGUCUUUUCAAAAGUGCAGAUUUAGAUCACUUAAAGGGCUGCAAUUCUCUCCGCUGAGCUUUCUGAAACACCUGGCUGAUAAGGUGACCCGAGCUUGGCAUUUGAUGGGCAUGAAAAGAAAACCCCGCCAUGAACAAACUGCUGCUCCAGCCGUGGUGUCCAUCGCCAAUUCAAAACCACUGCCUGUCUCCGCCAUUGAUUCACAUAGAACAGAGGCUGUGGAGGACUGCAUCAAGUACAUCAACUCUUCGUCUUAGCUCACACCAAUUCUUGUAAGUUUUUCUUCCCAAAAUGCGUAUAUACAUGCCUGUGUGUUCACCAAAUAUCUGCUAGCAUUGUUGUGGAUCACGAUGCAAUGCUUUUUUCAGUUUUUUCUUAGACAAUUAUUUGGGGGGAGGGGGAUGGGGGGAUGGGAUGUUAUCAAUUAUCAUGAUUCUUAGGCCAGUAGGUGGAAUAAGCCUAUCAUAUAAUAUUUAAUAUUUGUUCAAGAAGAUCUAUUGCAGUAUUGAAAAGCUUCCUUCA